AUGGCAGGGAAGCCUGUUCUUCACUACCUCAAUAGCCGGGGCAGAAUGGAGCUCAUCCGCUGGCUUUUGGCUGCAGCUGGAGUGGAGUUUGAAGAGAAGUUUAUAAAAUCUCCAGAAGACAUGGAAAAGCUAAAAAAUGAUGGAGUUUUGAUGUUCCAGCAGGUGCCCAUGGUGGAGAUGGAUGGGAUGAAGCUGGUGCAGACCAGAGCCAUCCUCAACUACAUUGCCAGCAAAUAUGAUCUCUACGGGAAAGACAUGAAGGAGCGAGCCCUGAUUGAUAUGUACACAGAAGGUUUGGUAGAUUUGCUUGAAAUGAUCUGGAGCCCACUCCUAUGUCCUCCUCAGGAAAAAGAUGCCAAGAUUGCCUUGCUCAAAGACAGAACAGUGAAUCGCUACUUGCCCGUCUUUGAAAAUGUGUUGAAGAGCCAUGGACAAGACUACCUUGUUGGCAACAGACUGAGCAGGGCUGACAUUCACCUGUUGGAAAUUCUCAUCUACAUAGAAGAGCUUGACGCCAGUCUUCUGGCCACCUUCCCUCUGCUGCGGGCCCUGAAGACCAAGAUCAGUAACCUCCCCAAUGUAAAGAAGUUCCUGCAGCCUGGCAGUCAGAGGAAGCCUCCUAUUACUGAACAAUGUAUGAAAGAAAUUAGGAAGAUUUUCAAAUAG